UCGCCCCGGGUGUCACAAAAGAGCACAACAACGGCCGCAACCGUGAUCUGCGCGAAUGCAGUGAGGCGCAAGAUGCGCGAGAAGGAUCACUCACCGCGCAAGAUGUUGCCCAGUCCAAAGCAAGGCGCGGUCUAUCCGCUGCUCGGUCUCGGAUCCACCCUGCCGGCACCGUUCGAUCUCUCGCUCGUCAAUCGUUCGUCCUCGUCGAAUCUGUUGCACCAGCAGCAACAGCAACAUCAGAGCCUCGCCGAGCAACCGCUCGAUCUGCGGGUGGAGCGGAAAAAGUCGUCGGCCGGCACGUCCACCUCCACCUCGUCGGACGACGAGACGGAUCCACCGAGGGCCAGCUCGACCGACAGCAAGCCCGGGAGUAAUGUGAUAUACUUUAACGAUAACAACAACAACACAAACAAUCUGAACAACAACCACAGCAAACCGUCCGAUAGUGAUAAGAGCCCGAGUCCUACGAAUCACAACAAUAACAACAACAACAACAGCUCCAAGUACGCCAACAACAACCAUAUCAACAUUAAGGAUGAGUUCCGAAUAUCGAACCUCGCGAACCACAACAACCCGAGCGCCCUAUUUUCCGGCCCGCCAGGACUCAAUCCGCUUAUGCUGGAAGCGAUCGCGAAGGCAGGUCUUCCGCUACCGUACCGUGGUUCGUUUCUACCGCCACGAUCAUCCGCCACGUACGAUCUGCAGCGGUUAAAGGAGCGUGAAGCACUCGCCCACAGCCUGUCCCAGCUGCGCCAGAGUGCGUCCAACAGUGCUGGUGGGAACGUUCUCAACAACAACAACGCCAACAUCAUCAACCACAACCUGCCAACGGGAGGAGCGGGCGGCGGUACGACAGGCUCACACGUCAAGAACAAGGAUCGGUACGCAUGCAAGUUCUGUGGCAAAGUGUUCCCACGAUCGGCCAACCUAACGCGCCAUCUACGUACCCACACGGGUGAGCAGCCGUACAAGUGUCGGUACUGCGAGCGAUCCUUCAGCAUCUCGAGCAACCUGCAGAGACACGUCCGCAACAUCCACAACAAGGAGCGACCGUUCAAGUGUGCGCUCUGCGAACGAUGCUUCGGUCAGCAAACGAACCUAGACCGCCAUCUGAAGAAGCAUGAGGCGGACGCUGCUGGGCUUGGGCUUGGGUUGGACGAACGGCUGCGAGCGGCACGACGGAACAGUCGAGGCAUACCGGAAGAUUCUUACUUCGAGGAGAUACGAUCCUUCAUGGGGAAGGUGACACAGUUACCGAUCCCGCUACGAUUGCAGCAGCAGCAGCAACAAUCACCUUCCUCUCAGUCAAACACCACAAGGGAUAGCCCAUUCGGACGACGACAGGCUCAGCAGCAGCAACAACAGGAUGGACAGACCGAUACACACUCAUCCCGCAGCUCAACACCCUCGGACGAAGAACCCGUCUCACCGGCGGCAAGCAUCGGGAGCACCCCGGACCAGGACAUCAAGAUGGAGACCAACAACAACGAGGACGGUGACGAACCUUUACAGGUCACCUGA